CGCCCAGGCAGCCACAGAUCACAACGCGAGUGCGAACACACGCGAACAAAGAGGGAGAGAGGAAGCGAAUGCAAUGACACUGGAGGUGGACCUCGUGCUUUGUGCACUGCUGGCGGUGAGCUCUUCGCGGGGAGAAGAGCGGAGGCUCUUCUGGGUUCUCCACUAGGUGUUACUGUUUCCGCCCUGGCUUUCCCUGACAUCAACAACGUCCAAUAUUAGAGGGGCGUGACAGCCUCAGUCAGUCAUCCAGCCUCCGUCGCACCAACACUCUCCUCCACGCCCGACCAGCCCUCCUCCGCCUCCGCCUCCUCCACUCUACCAUCCAGUCCUCCAAACCAGACCUCCAUGGUCCAGCCCAGGACGCGGACGGGGCCCCGGGGGGCCACACCGCCCCCCUCCUUCACCCCUCCCCAAUCCGCCUCCCCCGCACGCCGCCCUGCCGGCCCGCUCCACCCAGACCCUCCGUCGGAGCUCAACGUGGGCGACGAUGCCUUCCAGGGUCCGGGACCCAGCUCCCUCCUGGACCCUCUGCUGGCGGGGCUGGUGUCGGUGUGCGUGGUGACCGCCGCCGUCACCUCCGUGGUGCUCUGCCUCCGCUUCCGACAGCAGGCCGGGCGCCCAGAGUUCCAGCGGCUGCAGGACGUGCCCAUGGAUGACCUGAUGGAGGACGCACCCCUCUCCAGUUACACAUAUUGACCCAAGCAUCCUAUUGGUCACUUCUCCCGACGACGGUAUGACGAAGCAUCCGAUGUGUCGCUUCUCCUUAAAGGACGGAAGUACCAGACAGAAAAGCCUGGCAAAGCCCUUGAGUGGACGGGAUGCCCAACGCGUGGAAUAGUUUCCGACCUAGUCAACCACUUCGACAUUCCUUUGAGGAGAUUUUAUUGUGCCUUUUUUUCUUAAAAAACAAAAACAAACCCUGACCGAAACAUUUCAUGGAGAUUUAGAUUGCAAUUUAGUCGUUAGAAAAAAAAAUAUCCGUUGACUUUUCGGUUUCUAAGAUCUAGAUCGAGGUGAGUGCGACAUAGCCCCCAACUUGAAUCUGCCCUGAUUGAUUGGGCGGCGCCCCCUGGCGGAGAUGCAGAGUGUUGCAUCAUUCCUUUGGAUGGAUACAUUUCUGCUGCAU